AUGUCAGUCAGCGUCCACGAGAACCGUAAAUCCCGAACGAGCACCGGCUCCAUGAACAUCUUGCUUUUUCACAAAGCUUCCCACCCAGACUGCGUCUUGUCCCAUCUGAACACGCUGCGGAAGCACUGCAUGUUCACCGAUGUCACCCUUUGGGCAGGAAACCGGUCAUUCCCAUGUCAUCGGGCAGUGCUGGCUGCCUCCAGCAGAUACUUUGAAGCCAUGUUCAGCAACGGCCUCCGGGAGAGCCUGGAUGAUGAGGUGAACUUCCAUGACAGCCUCCACCCAGAGGUGCUGGAGCUAUUGCUGGACUUUGCUUAUUCCUCUCGGAUCAUCAUCAACGAGGAGAACGCGGAGUCCCUCCUGGAGGCUGGAGACAUGCUGCAGUUCCACGACGUCCGAGACGCAGCAGCUGAGUUCCUGGAGAAGAACCUGUACCCUUCCAACUGCCUGGGCAUGAUGCUGCUCUCGGACGCCCAUCAGUGCCGGCGGCUCUAUGAGCUGUCUUGGAGGAUGUGCCUGGUCAACUUUGAGACUGUUCACAAGAGUGAGGACUUCAACAACCUUUCCAAGGACACUCUGCUGGACCUCAUCUCCAGUGACGAGCUGGAAAUUGAGGAUGAAGAAAAGGUCUUCAAGGCUGUCAUCCAGUGGGUGAAAUAUGACCUGGAUGAGCGGAAGGCUUAUCUCCCAGAACUUCUGAGGAACAUUCGUCUGGCCUUACUUCCUUCUGAAUGCCUCAAGGAAGCUUUGGCUUGUGAGGACUUGAUCAUGGUGGAUGAAAGGAACAAGCUUGUCUUGGAUGAAGCUAUUCAGUGCAAGAAGAAGAUCCUCCAGAAUGACGGGGUGGUCACCAGUCCCUGUGCCAGGCCUCGCAAAGCUGGGCACACGUUGCUGAUCCUGGGAGGCCAGACCUUCAUGUGUGAUAAGAUCUACCAAGUGGAUCACAAAGCAAAGGAAAUUAUCCCCAAAGCAGACCUGCCGAGUCCACGGAAGGAGUUUAGUGCCUGUGCCAUUGGCUGCAAAGUAUAUAUCACUGGAGGCAGGGGCUCGGAGAAUGGGGUCUCGAAGGACGUAUGGGUGUACGACACUGUUCAUGAGGAAUGGUCAAAAGCUGCCCCAAUGUUAAUAGCUCGGUUUGGGCACGGCUCGGCUGAAUUGGAGAACUGCCUGUAUGUGGUUGGUGGGCACACUGCCGUAGCUGGAGUCUUUCCUGCAUCUCCUUCUGUUUCCUUGAAGCAAGUAGAGAAGUACGAUCCCAUAUCCAACAAAUGGACAAUGGUGGCUCCCUUGAGAGACGGGGUGAGCAAUGCUGCGGUGGUGAGCGCCAGGCUCAAGCUUUUUGUCUUUGGUGGUACCAGCAUUCACCGAGAUAUGGUGUCCAAAGUCCAGUGCUAUGAUCCGUCUGAGAAUCGGUGGACGAUCAAAGCAGAAUGCCCGCAGCCCUGGCGCUACACGGCAGCCGCUGUCCUGGGCAGCCAGAUUUUCAUCAUGGGAGGAGACACGGAGUUCACGGCAGCAUCCGCCUACCGCUUUGACUGCGAAACGGACCAGUGGACACGCAUCGGGGACAUGACCGCCAAGCGCAUGUCAUGCCAUGCCUUGGCCUCGGGGAAUAAACUCUAUGUGGUGGGGGGUUACUUUGGGACUCAGAGGUGCAAAACGCUGGACUGCUACGACCCUACGUCAGACACGUGGAACUGUAUCACAACGGUGCCUUACUCGCUCAUCCCCACAGCUUUUGUCAGCACCUGGAAGCACCUGCCAUCAUGACGAGGGUCAGGGCUUGUAUCCAGGAGGUCAAUAAGGUAAGAGUCUCCUCCUUUUAAACUGAA